CUCCUCUCUCGUGAGCGCACCCGGUCGCCCGUCCCAACCACCGGAGCCCCAUCCCAUACCCGCCCCCAUGCGCCUGUGCGUCGCGCGCCGCCCUGCCCCGCCGGCCUCGAGGCCGAGCUGGCCCUCCUACCGUCCCAAUACAUGCCUCUCAGCCGUGCAGAUUUGGCCUGUCCGAGCCGAUCUGGCCCACCCCCGCGCCGUCCUACUCGUGGCCGAGCGCCGCCGCCGUCCGCCUCAUGGUCCGGCCUCCGGCCACCUGCACCACCCACCAGGCCGAGCGGAGCCUGCUGUUCCGCAGCCCUGCCCCCGCUCGGCCGCUCUCCAGGUCCACAACCAUCGUCCCCAAGGCACAAAGGCUGAAUUUUGGUGCUUCAAGUAGUUGAUUUGCCUGGCAUGGAUCCGUAAUGAUGCCGGCGAUGCCGCAGCAGGAUUUUGCUUCGAUGCUGCCGGCGUGUUGUCAUAUGCAGGACGAAGCACAACAACAUCGAACCGAUAUUGGACAGAGGAUGAGAGAUUUUGAUUCUUCAUAUCCUAAUUUCCCUUUGAUGUUCUGAGUGAAUGAGUGAUUAGUUAGUAUCCUGUACUAAUUUCGGUGGUUGAUGGAGGUGGUGAUCAUAAUGCGCCUCUUCAGGAAUCAGAAUUGCUAAUUAGUUUCUGCUAUUAGAGAUAAUAAGAAGAUAUACUCGUUUAAAAAAAACAAGAUAUGCUUCCUGAGUCAGAGCAAAAUUUCUUGAAAUCUUUAUUAUGUACACUGGUACAUGCUUCUUCUUUCCUGUAGCUAGUGUAUGUAUGCUACAAAACACGGAUACUCCACCUGGGGACCGUAUCCCGUAUCGGAUACGUAUCCGAUACGGAUACGCCCCGGAUACAUAUCAGUGGCGUAUCCACGUAUCCCCGAUUAAAUGGGCCGAAAACUUCGGAUCGGAAACGUUUCCGCGCCUGGAUUCGGCCCAGCCGGCCCAACAUCACAGCACAUCCCACCUCCUGUCCUACUCCCGUGACCCGUCGGGCGUCGGCUCUCCCACGCGCAGCCGCCUCACGCAGCGCAUCGCCGCAUCCUCCCGCUCGACCUGACGGCUGACGCAGCGCCUCCGCCUCUCGUCGGCCGCCGUCCGCUAGCCGCCGUCCGUGAGGCCGCCUCCUGCCAGCCGCCGUCCGCCUCCCGCGGCCACGGGCCGCGAGGCCGCCUCCCGCCGGCCGCAGGCUGCCUCCCGUCGGCCUCCGUCCGCCCGUGAUUACUCCCGUCGGCCUCCGGCGUAAGGAGCCCCAGCCCCUGUUCAGCCCCAAUUGGUUGCAGCAACCAAGUUCAUAGCACACUUGGUAAAUCAGGUGGUGGCACAUGAGCUUGUAGCGCUGGAGCUUCUUACGGUACUCCUUGAAAAUCCAACUGAUGAUAGUGUUGAGAAGGUUGUGUUUAUGAUGUCCAUCUUCUCCGUCCUCCCAAGAGUAACAAGAUCUAAUGGCUGGAGAUGCUUCUCCACUGGGAUUCCUUACGAUACUGUAGCAGAGCUAAAUAAGGAAAUGGAAUCAAUAUUUGGUGAAUCUCCUUCACCCAGUCCUUUAGGCUCAAGUCCUCCGCAGCAACCGGCUCAGCCUGCAUAUGAAGCUGAGGAUUCACAACCAGUGCUUACACAUACUGAUAGCAAUGGGCAGGCAAAGAUGGUUGAUGUCUCACCCAAAGAGGACACUAAGAGAGUGGCUAUAGCUAGCUGCAGGGUCUUGCUGGGCCAAAAGGUGUUUAAUUUGGUGGCAUCAAAUGAGAUUGCGAAAGGAGAUGUCCUUACUGUUGCCAAGAUUGCUGGAAUAACUGGAGCAAAGCAAACUAGCAACCUCAUUCCCCUGUGCCACAACAUUAAUAUUUCCCAUGUUCGUGUUGAUCUUACUCUCAAUGAAGAGGAUUCUAGUGUUGUGAUAGAAGGGGAGGCCACAACCAGCGGAAAGACUGGGGUUGAGAUGGAAGCAAUGACUGCAGUAGCCAUUGCUGGCCUCACAGUUUAUGACAUGUGCAAAGCUGCUUCAAAGGACAUCUGUAUAACAGAUGUCUGUCUGCAGCACAAAUCUGGGGGAAAGAGUGGAAGUUGGUCCAGGAAUUGAAGGGUUCAUUAUUGCUCUGAGCAUAUGAACUGCAAGCAUGAUUUUGGGCAUCAAAACAAUCGAGUCUUCACCCUGAAAUGUUUGAUUUGGCUUUGAAUGCAGGCUCCUGUGUUGUAGAUUUCUAGUCCUCACACCAAAAACUUUUUGAAACAUCAUUCGAAUCUUUGUACUCCUUUGUUGUAGAUACUUGUUAAAUGACUCCAGAAUAGAUGGUCAUAUCAACUUAUUUUCAGAUAUAUAGUUGGUUUCCUUGGUGCAUUGUCUAUUCUAAUAAUAUUUUCUUGUAUUGACCAUCA